AACUUUUACCCCAGUCUUGCCGACAGAUAUUGGCGGCCGGUGUUUUGAGGAGAACGCGGUAACCUUGCCGUCUGUACCCGGUACCAACAUGGCGGGCGUUCAGAUUGAGGUGGCUGACAUCGUCAUCAUAGUGUUGUACUUCGUACUGGUUCUGGCAGUCGGACUGUGGUCGAUGUGGCGGUCCAACCGAGGCAGUGUGAAGGGGUACUUCCUGGCGGGAAAGAACAUGUGGUGGUUCCCGGUUGGAGCGUCUCUGUUCGCCAGUAACAUCGGCAGUGAACAUUUCGUGGGUCUGGCUGGAACAGGAGCGGCGGCCGGCAUCGCUGUGGGACAGUAUGAGUGGAACUCCCUGUUUAUCGUGCUGCUGCUCGGCUGGGUGUUCGUGCCCAUCUACAUCUCGGCAGGAGUCUACACCAUGCCCGAGUACCUCACACGGCGGUUCGGCGGGCAGAGGCUACGGACUUACCUCGCCACGCUGUCUCUGUUCCUCUACAUCUUCACUAAAAUAUCGGUGAACAUGUACGCCGGUGCAGUGUUUGUCCAGCAGGCGUUAGACUGGGACCAGUACCUGUCCAUCAUCGUGCUGCUGGCCGUCACAGCGGUCUACACUAUACUGGGCGGUCUGAAGGCAGUGAUCUACACCGACACGUUUCAAGUCGUGGUCAUGGUGAUCGGAGGAUUCAUUCUUAUGAUUAUAAGUUUUCUGAAAGUCGGAGGAAUGUCCGGGCUUGCGGAGAAGUACUUCACGGCCGUCCCCGUGACGAACAACACCCUUCUGGCGGCGUGUGGCGCGCCUAAGCCCGACGCCUUCCACCUCUUCCGCCCGGCUGACGACAUGCAUCUGCCCUGGCCUGGAGCGCUGCUGGGCAUCACCGCCCUGGCCACCUGGUACUGGUGUACGGACCAGGUGAUUGUACAGCGGUCCCUGUCGGCUAAGAACAUCCACCACGCUAAGGCGGGAAGUAUCGUCUGCGGUUACCUCAAGAUCCUGCCGGUCUUCAUGAUGGUGUUUCCCGGCAUGAUCAGCAGGGCCUUGUUCCCAGAUGAGGUAGCCUGUGUGGACCCUGCCAAAUGUAUGGAGGUGUGCAGGAACCCUGUGGGCUGUUCUAACAUCGCUUAUCCAAAACUUGUCAUCGAACUCAUGCCUACAGGACUCCGUGGACUGAUGCUGGCCGUCAUGAUGGCGGCUCUGAUGAGUUCACUGACCUCCAUCUUCAACAGCGGCAGCGCCGUCUUCACUAUAGACAUCUGGAAACGGGUCAGGAAACAGGCGUCCGAGAGGGAACUCAUGCUAGUCGGCAGACUGCUAGUACUGGUGAUGGUGGGAGUGAGUAUCGUGUGGAUCCCGAUCCUACAGGGAGCUAAAGGUGCGCAGCUGUACCAGUACCUGCAGCUCAUCCAGGCCGUCAUCGGACCGCCCAUCUGCUGUGCCUUCGUCCUCGCAGUCGCCUGGAAACGGAUCAACGAACCCGGCACGUUCUGGGGCCUGAUGGCCGGCCUCGCUGUCGGACUGGUUCGUCUCAUCAUGGAGUUCGCCUACGGAGAACCCGGAUGUGGCGAACCUGACCUUCGACCCGCCAUCUUGUCCAAGGUUCACUUCCUGCACUGCGGCAUCAUCGUCUUCCUGGUGACCUUCAUAGUAACGGUGGUUGUCAGCCUGUUGACUAAACCCAUACCUGACGAAAAGUUGCUUGGUCUGACGUGGUCGACUAUGAGUAAAGAAGAAGAGAAAGAACCAACAGAGCUUCAAACUGUCCCAUCUGAUGAUCUGGAGAACGCGGAUGAAAAGAACGAACUUCCGGUUGACCAGGAAGAGAAAUGGAAUAUGGAGAUUGACCCAAAGUAUAAUGCAAGGCAGACUGAAGAUGAGGCGCCCCCGAAGUGGCUUCGUGUUUACGACUUUAUCUGCGGGACUACGUCAUCAGAGGCUGACCAAUCACAGCAGGCCAUGCCUACCAUCAAAGAAGACCCGUUCUGGAGGAGGGUCCUGAACAUCAACGCCAUCUUCUGUAUCACUGUCGGCGUUUUCCUGUUUGGGUUCUUCUUCUAGUGUUUUAGAUUUAAAAUUUUGUUUUUCUCUAAGACUAAUUCUGAAUAGACAAUACAUAUAUAGGUAGCUUUUGUAUGUAUGGAAAUGUAGUGCAUGUUUAAAUUUACUCUAAUUAUCAUAUAUUACUUUCAGAUUUAGUCUUAAUCAUUGAAGUCUGUAUUAUUAAGUAUUACCGUAAGUACUUUGGGUGUAACAUGCUUAAAGUCGGUCUGUACAUAACAUUAGAUACAUUUCAUUUGUAUCUAACUAAGACACGGUUUUACACUAACAGAUGCGACAGAGCGUAUCACUCUGAUGUAUAGUUAACUUUUUUUUCAUAUAAAAGAAA